AUGGGUUCUACUUCCUAUAAUCCCGAUGGUGAACCAAGCCCAUUGUCGUCCCCCGUGGGACCCCUUUCCGCGUCGCCCGAGUCGGACCCUUUUAUGAGACGCCUCUCUGGGCACACUGAGGACUCGAUGAAAUACUCUGCAGACACACUCUCCUCGGGCUAUGAUCAUCUUUCCAGGUCUUCUCUGCUGGAUCCUGAACAUGGACUUGGCCCAUCUGGUCUAGAUCGCAUACGUCAACAGCCAUCACGCGUCUUUACCCUUCCGAACAUGUCUGCCUCAUCGGUCGCACCUAUGACCUCACGUAGCCAUUCACCUUCACCACGCUCCGCUUCUUCGACCAGAGCCCACCCCUCACGCCUCCCAUCGACCGAAGAAUUCGGCACAUUAGAAGAUCUCCACCGCUUCCCGUGCGAAUCGCUACAUUCGUUUUCCUUUGCCCAACAAUCUGAGGAACUACUGAAUAAUCGGCAUAACAUCCUGAAAAGGUCAAUAGACUUCAUGCGCGACCGCUUCGGCUGGACCACCAGCAACAGUGCGGGGCUUGCUGGCGCUCAGGCUCGAUUCGGUGGAGAUGCUGAUACCCAGAGCGUGGUGGACUACUUGUCGAAAACCAGUGUUUCGGGCAGGGAUGACCGCUACAACUACGCUGGGUUAUCGCGCGGACCUAUGACUGGACCUGCUGAUGUGGACAGUGGCAAUAUCUUUGAAAGGGCAUUUGCAGAACCCCAGCUUUCCGCGAACCAGUUUAGGGACAUGGUACAGGAGCAGGGACCGCCCGAUGCCCUGCGUUCCUCGGGCCAGGCAUCAGAAGAUCUAGCGUCCCCGCUGAGGACAGACUCGAGGCCGUACCCCAGGCGCGUAAGCAUAAAAAAACCACCCUUCACCUCCACGGACCCCUUAUCUCCUACCAGUACCUCAAGUCUAGGAUAUGGUUUCCCGGUUCCUGUCCUACACACCCACAGCAGCAAGUGGACACCCGCAUCACAAGCCGUGUUCAGGACCGAGUCGCAUGAACCAUGGACCAUCUUGGCGGCGAAUGACAUCUCGUGUCUCAUCUUUGGUGUCACACAAGCGGAGCUCCGCAAGCUAAGUAUCCUCGAAGUCGUACAGAAAGACCGCAGACAGUGGGUUGAGUCGAAACUGCGGGACCCCACCACUGAUGCUGCCGUAAGGGCCCAACCUUCGCCUGACAAAACUCGUGUCAAGCCUGUGAAUCCGAAAUCGAUGGGAAUGGGCAAUGGUGUAACAGCGCAGCUGCUCAGCAAGCCUCCUUCUCGAGCAAGGGCUCCGAGGCGGGCCCAGACUGAUGACGGAUACGGCUCGAGCGCAAGGCAGCUGAAUCACCCGGCAACCAAGUCCCGAGGUGUACUGCUGUGCGGAGAUGUGGUACCUAUCGAAAAGCGCGAUGGCAAGAGAGGCUCUGCCAGCAUCUGGGUGAUGGAAAAGCGUGGUGGUUUGAUUUGGGUGAUGGAGGAGAUCCAGGAGAAUGUCGCGUUCGUUCGCUGCGAUGAAUCCUGGAACAUUGCUGACGCCACCGGCGAUAUUGACAAAGUCUGGGGUCAGGGUGCGGCGAAAACUGGAGAACGGCUCACGGAGUUGCUUCCUAAUCUUCCACCAGACUGCCUUACAUCUCCAAUCGAUCAAGGCCUCAGCAAAAUCACCGAGAAGAAGUACUUUGCUUCUCGCACAUCAGCUGGAAUCUGCAUACCGUCCACCAUCACCAAGGGCGACAGCUCAAGAUGCCUUCGAAUAUCGAGCUUUCCUCAUGUCGCAGGUAUGAUGGUGCUGUCCUCUUCGACUUUGAAAAUUGUCAGCUCCAAUUCCGUCUUCUCGUCUGCGCUGUUUGGACAUGAGCGACCUGAAGGCCUACACGUUAAUGAUUUGAUACCUGGCUUCGACGGCUUGCUGAACGUGCUCACCGAGGAGGAGAGUGUACCGCUGGUUGACGGUCUGGUGAUCUCUGAACCCAGCUUCCGGAGAGCGCGCACCCUCUCUAUUCUCCGCGAUGGCAAAUCCAAUGUGGCCUCGGUCUUCCUAGAACCAUCUGGUCUUGCUGCCGUGCAUCGCGAUGGCUCCUCGAUUGCUGUAGAUGUCCAGAUGCGUGUGGCCAAGAGCGGUACAAUGUUCCCCAAGGCACGAGAUGAUCCCAAUUCAGGAGACCACAGCGACUCGGAGUUUGAAGCUGUCACAGAGCUUGUAUACGCACUUUGGGUGACAUAUUCGAGACAUAUCCACUCGGCAGCUCCCGCCGCUGGCUUCCCUUCUCCGCCGUCCCGGACAGAAAGCCCGUCUUCUAUUUCUGCAUCGAAUCUGGCUUCCACAACGGCUUCUACUCCUUAUGCCAUUGGCUCGGAGCGGACAUCGGUAGAGACGCACAUACCGACCUCUACCUUAAGCCAGCAGUUGAGUGAAGCAGCUUCGCAACCGCUAACAGACAAACCGGUCCAGCCAGUGCCCGAAGUAAGACCGGCUGGUACCAAAGAGGUGCCCCAAAAACGAACAAUUGCCGAUUACAUUAUCCUCGAGGAGAUGGGUCAAGGAGCCUACGGAGAAGUGAAGCUUGCGCGCAUGAAGAAGAUUCCAACCAAGAAAGUCGUUCUGAAGUAUGUUACGAAGAAACGGAUUCUUGUCGAUACAUGGACCCGCGAUCGUCGUCUAGGAACGGUACCAUUAGAAAUCCACGUUCUGAACUAUCUCCGACGCGACGGUCUGAAGCAUCCCAACAUCGUGGAAAUGGAAGGAUUUUUCGAGGACGAUAUCAAUUAUUACAUCGAGAUGACGCCACACGGGCUACCUGGAAUGGACCUCUUCGAUUACAUUGAGCUGAAAGCGAAUAUGGAUGAGGCGGAAUGCCAGAACAUCUUCAAGCAGGUUGUGGAUGCAAUUCAUCAUCUCCAUACGAAGGCUUUGGUCGUGCAUCGCGACAUCAAAGACGAGAACGUCAUUUUGGACGGGGAAGGACGGAUUAAGCUUAUUGAUUUUGGGAGUGCCGCCUAUAUCAAGAAUGGACCCUUUGAUGUGUUCGUGGGCACGAUUGAUUAUGCGGCACCUGAGGUUCUUCAAGGCAAAUCCUACCGAGGCAAGGAGCAAGACAUUUGGGCCCUUGGUAUCUUACUCUACACCAUCGUCUACAAAGAGAAUCCCUUUUACAAUGUUGACGAAAUCUUGGAUCACCCUCUUCGAGUUCCGUUCUUGCCCUUCUCAGAGGAUUGCAUCGACCUAAUCCGGAGGAUGCUUGACCGAGAUGUGGACAACCGACUGACGAUCAGUGAAGUUUUGGAGCAUCCUUGGAUGAUUGACAGUUGA